CUCAUGAAUAGGUCUAUCAAUUACUAACCGAUAAAAUCCGUCAAAAUAAUUUAUUGCUUUGAAAAUUUCUUCCAUGGAUGAAUACUCAUUGACUUAACCUAAUCCAGUCUUCAAUAAAUUUGCAGGGACCAUUCCAAAAAAUCUGUUCAAUUGUACUUCAUCGUGGGACUUAGCCAUGAAUGCAAAUGACCUAACAGGUAUAUGAUAUCUUAAUUAGCAUUUGUAUGUUAAUUAUACAGGUCAUUAGAAUGUUUAUAUUUGUAGAAAAUAGAAGUUUAUAUUUUCCGAAUUCUUGAAACUUUUCUUGUUAAAAAUAAUACAGUUAGCAAUUGGACUAGUAUCCUUUUGGUUGAAAACCCUUUUCUUUAUUUUCUUUGCAAUUUAAAACUAGUUGGUGAUGAUAUCUAAUUGCAAUAUCAACAAAGUUUAAUUUGGAUAUCAAUAGUCUCAAAGUUUUAUUUUCUUUAUUUUCUCUAUUACACAUUUUGCCGGCGAAAUACCAGAGGAAAUAGGGUCUCUUGUUGCACUUCAGAACUUUAUUUUGGAUAUCAAUAGCCUCAAAGGUUCUAUUUACAUGUUUCACUUUUUAUGUUAGCAUUUCAAAAUAGUUUGCCUGUAGCCGAUUAACACGCUGACUUCUUAAUUGCAGGAACCAUUCCAAUAAGUCUAUUUAAUUGUAGUUCAUUGCAGAGCUUAUCUUUGAGUGAAAUUGGCUUAACAGGUACAAUACCAUCUGAGAUUGGUGAACUCCGAAAUCUUGAGUACUUAUACCUUCAGUAUAAUAGCUUAACAGGGACUAUCCCAUCUACUUUAUUCAAUAUGACAGCUCUAAGAAUUAUAGUACUUCAUUCAAACCGCUUCUCAGGCAGACUUCCCUCAGAAUUUGGCCAUGGUCUUCCUAAUCUGGAAGAAAUAUACCUAUGGAACAAUCAGUUUAGUGGACAAUUUCCAAGUUCCAUCUCUAAUUGUUCCAAGCUCACUAUUGUCGAAUUGUCCACAAACUCCUUUGGGCCUAUCCCUAAUAGUCUUGGCAACUUAAUGCAUCUGGAACGGCUCAACAGAGAGGAUAAUCUUUUUACCGGUGAAUCUUCAGUUCCGGAAUUAUGCUUUCUCUCUGCUUUAACAAGUUGCAAAGCAUUAACCAGACUAGUAUUAGCAGGCAAUCCACUCAACGGCACUCUUCCAACUUCAAUCGGUAAUUUCUCUGCUAUACGCUACUUCAAUGCAGAAAGUUGUAACAUCAAAGGCAACAUACCAAGAGAACUAGGCCAAUUGAGCAACCUGACAACCUUUAUCCUGCAAAACAAUGAAUUGAUAGGAUCAGUUCCAGUUACAAUAGGUAGAUUGCAGAAGCUCCAAGUUUUGUAUCUCCAUGGAAAUAAGUUGAAUGGUUCAUUGCCAAAUGAUAUUUUCCAAAUGAGUAGCUUGGGAGAAUUAAUUUUGAGCCGAAACAACCUCUCUGGAGCUCUGCCAGCUUGCCUGGGGGAUUUUAGUUCACUAAGAUCUCUGCAAUUAGAUUCCAACAAUUUUAUUUCAACAAUACCCUCUACCUUAUGGAACCUACAAGAUGUCUUAGAUUUGAACUUAUCAUCAAAUUCACUAAGUGGCCACCUACGACUAAGUAUGGGAAAUUUGAAUGUUGUAACACAAGUGGACUUAUCAAGUAAUCACUUAUCCGGUAGCAUCCCAGUUUCCAUUGGAGGCCUCCAAAACCUGAUGAACCUCUCCUUAGGGCAAAACAUUUUCGAAGGCCCUAUUCCCGAGUCAUUUGGAAACUUGAUAAGCCUGGAAGCCUUGGAUUUGGCAAUAAUAACCUGUCUGGAACAAUUCCCAAGUCCCUAGUGAGGCUAAAGUACCUCACAUAUCUAAAUCUGUCUUUCAACAAAUUACAAGGAUAAGUUCCCACAGAAGGAGUUUUUAUAAAUUUGUCAUCUCAAUCAUUUUUCGGAAAUGAUGAACUUUGCGGUUCUCCCCUGUUGCAAUUGACACCAUGUAAAAUUAGAAGUCAUGGAAGAUCAAAGACUACCCCCAAGAAAGUACUCUUAUAUAUUCUUCCUGCUAUGAUAUUGAUAAUUGUUGUCAUACUUGUCUCAUUAAGAUGACAGAAGGCAGCAGUUAAGAUGGAAACUGUGGCUGAUCCAGAUCUCGUGAUUGUGACAACUUGGAGAAGAAUUUCCUUCCAGGAACUUGAAAAGGCGAUGAUGUGUCCCAACUGCAAGUGCA